UUAAAAUUAUGUCUACACUUCAAUCACCUUCUUCUACUACUGAUCUUGAGCACCUGGAAGAAGAUGGACCAAGUCAAGAAUGCAAAGACGUCAACAUAGAGAAAGGCCAACUAAGUGAGUACCAUGGAUUUUGGAUCCCAACUUGGUCAUUGGAAGGAGUUAUGGCAUCACAAAAACAAUUUCAAGCUCAUGACACUGAUAUCUUAUUGGUGACUGCUCCCAAAGUUGGUACUACCUGGUCAAAGGCCAUCUUAUUCGCCUUAGUGAACUGGAUGCACCACCCAAACCUUCAAGAACAUCCUCUACUCACAAACCUCCCUCAUGCUCUUGUUCCAAUAUUGGAAGGAGAUAUGUACAAUGAAAAAAAGGUUAAAGAUCUCAAUCAUGCCUCUCCAAGACUCCUUUCAACUCAUAUGCCUUAUACUUUGUUACCAACAUCUGUGAAAAACUCAACAUGUAAGAUUAUGUAUGUAUAUAGAAACCCUAAAGAUACUUUUGUGUCACUUUGGCACUUCGUGAAUAGGGUGCAUUCAACCACCGUCUCGUUUGAAGAAACUUUUGACAAGUUUUGUAGGGGAAUGAGUCCAUUUGGCCCUUAUUGGAAUCAUGUUUUGAGUUGUUGGAAGGAAAGCAUCGAGAAACCAGGUUGAAAAAUGUUUUUCUUGAAGUAUGAAGAAAUGAAAGAGCAACCAACCACCCAUUUGAGAAGAAUAGCUGAGUUCUUGGAUUGUCCAUUUUCUUCGGAAGAAGAGGCAAAAGGUAU